AUGGAGAUCCCGUCGAGUGAGUUUUUGGAGAGUUACGAGGAGAUCGAUGGAAUGAAUAUCGGGUAUUGCCGAUAUGGUAACGGACCGAAUUACAUGUUGACCGUUUGUGGAGCUGUUGGAUGUUAUGCAAAAGAUUGGCCUCUCACCUCGUUGAGACAUUUCGAUCCCGAACUCUUCACGAUCAUCGGCAUUGAUCCACCCGGUUAUGGCAAAUCUCGUCCACCAGAUCGAAAACAAGAGGUUCUCCGGUGCAAUAAAGAUGCCGUUAUUUGUGUGAAGCUGAUGGAGAGAUUAGAAUUGACUCCAUUCACGAUCGUUGGCUGGAGUGAAGGGUCGAGGACGAGUAUUCACGUUGCGGAGACGGCCAAAGGGAAGAGAGAAAUUUUUUUGAUAUUGCAGAUUGAACGAGCCGUCCUUUUGGCCACCGUGACGAGAGUCGAUGCAAGGGGUGUUCAAGUGUACAAAGGUCUACGAAACACGGAUCAAUGGCUACCCGCCGAACGGGCUCCCUAUUUGAAGCAUUACACGAAUGAGUUCCUCAAAAAGCAAUGGGCCGACAAUUGUGAUAUGGUUGAAGAGGCGUAUCUGAUGUUGGGCGGACGAUUCCCUUGUCAUGACGCGUUGCCGAAAAUCGCGUGCCCAGUUUUGAUGUUGAACGGAGGACAAGACAAAUUUUGCGAGGACCCCAAGUCAAUCUUUCCAAAGAUCAAGAACGUCAAACUCGAAACUCACCUCCAAGGUGGACACGAUUUCCCGAAAAAAUUCCCGAAAUGGACGGCCGAGAAAAUCACUGCUUUCGUUAAAGAAACCGCGAGGAAACAAGCA